GUCUAUGAAUGCACCUGACUUAACCUCAAUUCAAUGAAAACUCCGAAGACUGUAGAAUGUUCUAAUUAAAAAAACAUUUAAGAAAUAAGUAGCAAAAAUGUCUGGUCAUGGAAAAACGGAGAUUACCGAUCCAGUUGAAGAAAUGUUGAAAAGAACAGGGUGCAUCGAAUUACAUUAUAAAGUACAAGAAUGUAUUGCCGAGACUCAAGACUGGAGAAAGUGUCAGUUAGUAGUAUCAGAGUUUAGAAAAUGUAUGCAAGAUUAUGAGAGUAAAAAACAAAAGUUAUCUUUCACUCAGUGAUAAUAUAGAUUUUUAAAAUAAAGCCAUUUAUUUAGA